AUGAUAAACCACUAAGAACUAUCUUCAUCUGAAGAAUAGAAUCAAAUUAAAUCAACUCGUUUGCAAUAGCAGUCCUCAGAAGUGGGUAAGCCCUAGACUCAGGAAAGAACUGAGCCUAAAGAGAGUUAACCUGAUCUGUCUUCCCAAUCUGAGGAUAAUUCCCACUCUUUAGACACCAGUUAACAUCAAUAGAUUAGCACUUCUUCUCGUAACACGAUUAAGCUAUCCGAUGCAAAAUUAUUAUAUAAACCAGUGCCAAUUAAAAAGGAACCCGAGAAUGUGUUCAAUAAAAUAGCGUCGACCACAAUUGAUUCUCUGCCAAUGGAACUUUUUCAUAUCGGGACUUUUAGUCACCAGGGUAGUUUCAUAAAUGGAGAUCAAUGUGAAAGGGUGGUGGAAGUCAAGACUGUUGGCAAAAAUAUCAUCUUCCCAAAUGAUUCGUAUGAGUUAGCAAUAUUGGAAUGGAAACCAAGAGCCAAUGGGGUUAAACCAAAGAACUCAGGAGAGUUAUUAAAAUAUGUUCAGGAAUUAUAUCCUGACUUACUCAAAAAAUAUUAUGAUGGAAUCAGGAAGGAAUGA